AUGGUCGGUCGAAAACUUGUGAUUCUCUCAACGUGUGCUCUGUUGGCUCUUGCCCAAGAUUGGGGCGGCGGUGGCUACGGAGGCGGCGGUGACAUGGGAGGCGGCUAUGGUAAGAAACAUUUUCGCAUUCGAAAAUUCAAAUAUCCAAGCAUGAAAAAAAAAUAAAUUCAGGCGGCGGCGGUGACAUGGGAGGCGGCUACGGCGGUGGUGACGGCGGCUACGGUAAGCUCAAUUUUUUUUCUCAUCUUUUGAAACUACAGUGUUUCAAACAGAUAGUAACUUAUCAAAAUAUCAAAUUUAGGAGGCGGCGGUGAUAUGGGAGGCGGCUAUGGUGGCGGCGGCGAUGGAGGCUACGGUAAUAAUCUUGAAAGUCUCUUUUUUCCAAACUCAAUUUCAGGAGGUGGCUACGGAGGCGGUGGCGAUGGAGGUUAUGGCGGCGGUGAUGGUAAGAAAGACUUAAAAACUAAAAAAAGAUCAACUUGAAUUUCCAGGAGGCUAUGGCGGCGGCGGCUACGGAGGCGGUAUGGGAGGAGAUGGCGGCGGCUACGGUGGAAACUACGGUGGAAACGGAGGAAUGGGAGGAGGCUACGGCUCCAACCAAGGUUGGUAAAGCUUCAAUCGACUAGGAAACCAAACUUUAACAUAACUUUUGAACAAAAGUUUGAAUGAAUAUGUUUCAAGUGAUUUGAUUUUCAGGUGGAAAUGGACCUCAGCCUCCAAUGGGUGGCGGCGGUGGCUACGGCGGUCAGCCCUACGGUGGUGGCAACAUGGGGGGCGGCGGCGGCUGGCCACCAAUGCCAAACUAA